GUUUUUCCAUUUUGGACCUUGUGUAGCCGUGCUAUUCUAGUCGUGGAGCGGCAUAUCCAUGAGCGCCGACGUCGCGAUGUUGUGGCGCGCUCGUUUCCGUGAACAAUCAUGGUCGUGACCGGCCCCCCUUCCAUGAUCGCGGCCGGGCCCCCGCCUGUGUUCCUGUUCGUGAACAAUCAGCAUAGGCGGCGUGUGCAUGGGAGCGGGGCAUCAUCUUGCGACCAGGCGUCUCCCCCUGGCAGCCUAGCCAGGUGCAGCCCGGAAAAAGUCGCAGGCGCCCCGGUGGCCAAACGCGUAGCGGUAGCAGCCUGCCCAGCUAUCAGGCAUCCCAAGCAUACGGACGCGUGGCACAUUUUCCACAACGCGAACGCAUGGAGGCGCGGACCACCAGAAGCAAGGGGGCCCAGCGAUUGCUGUGACUGUGGGCACGCAACCGGAUCUACGGAUGGCAGCGGAGAGGCGUCGGCAUACCACAACGAACCAGGCAUACCGGCGCGAGCUUGGUGCCCUAUCGGAGACCCGGCGCGCGAGGGAUGGCGCCCCAGCGGCCUCAUCCAGGCAGCUCUAGCAAUGCGAACAAUGCCAGAGCCUGGGGGCGGGCGCGCUUGCUUCUUGGGGGCCCCGUGGCCCGCCACGCACAGGGCGACACGCGUGCCGCUCGCGCCGUUUGCGGCCAAUUGCCC